CACACGAGUGUGCUCAGACCCUGACCCAGGCUCAGAGGGAUCGCCCACCUGCUGCGCCCAGAACAGCCCUCUCUGCCACAGGGGCUGGGGCGUCUGGAGUGGUGGCGUUUGCAGGUCCACGUGGGCAAGCUCUGUGCCGGCGUCGGAGGAGCUCUCUUUGCGUGGGACCUUGGUCUGGCCAGAGCUCUUGCUUCGGCCUCGCUGACUGCUCACCUGCCGGCCGGCCAGCCUUCCAGGCCCCAGGCACAGCCUGCCUUCCUUCCUAGGGAAGCCCAGAGCUGAAGCGCUGCAGCAUGGCGCGCGGCUGCCUCCAGGGCGUCAAGUACCUCAUGUUCGCCUUCAACCUGCUCUUCUGGGGCUCCUGGGAGAGCGGGCUGGGCCCAGAGCAGAGGAGUCCCCGGAGCCAAGGUGGGUGCAGCUGGAGCUCUGCCGGGCGUGUGAAGAGGGGACUCUCUUCUCUUGGUGGGGACGUUGACCAGAUGCAGGGUGCGUUGCAAUGAGCAGCUGGCAGGGUCAGCAUGACCUAGGCAGUGUGACAGGAGAAGGCUGCAGGUGAUGAUGUGACCAGAGCUGGCAGCCAUAGGUGUGAUAAGGUGGCGGGUUGAUGCGGCAUGGGCAGUGGUCCCGGGAGGUGGGCAGCACCUGCUUCUCCCCUUACCUGCCACCUGCUGGUGCGGAGAAGGGGUCCUCAGAGCAGCCCACCCUCACGGGUCCCCUGAAGAGCCGUCCUUGCCCUGUGACCCCCCCCGCCAGCCGCAGGGGUGGACACGCUCCCCAGAUCCCUGCACGGAUGAGGUUCUCGACCCAGGAAAGAACCGAGCAGGAGCCCCUCGGACCCUCCUGGGCUGGAAUGUCCCAUUUCCCUUUCUUACCCGGUCACACCCCCCGCCUAGCACACCGGGCCCACUGUGGCCUUGGCCCUCCUUCCACCCCAGCUUGGUGCCCUCGUGGGGCUCUGAGACCUGGGCAUCAGCGAGGGGGCCACUGGGACAUGUGCUGGGGCCAGGGGUGGUGACAGUGGCCAGGAGGCUGGGGGUGACAUCCAUCCCACCUCAUCCCUGUGCAGCUGCCAGCUAAGACCUUCCUGCCGGUGCCAGAGGCUGCAGUGGGCAGGGGGUGUGUGGCUGUGACUCCCCUUCCCUGGGACCCUGGCUCCUUUGCUGUUGGGGGUGCUGAGCCCCCCAGGAUAUAUCUAGUUUUGCCCCCACUCUGUUUCCCACUCGCACUGGGAGACAGAACCCCCCCCCAGGGUGUCAGCCUCCCCACCAGAGCUGACCAUGGGCGUGGGGGCCAUGCUGGAGGGGCCCGUGGGCUGGAGACCCUUGCUGUGUGGGUCCUGACUCCAGUUGCCGGACCAGGCGAGCCCUAGCUCGUGGGUGGGGUGGGAGUGGGGGCUGUGCCCCGUCCUGGGUAUGGCCCCUGAGGGAGUGGGUGCUGGGGGCCCUGGGAAUGAGAAGAGUGAAGGGUGCAGGUGCAGAGGCUGUGGGGGAGCAGGGAGGUGAGGGGGUCCUGGGGCCUCCUGGGAGAAGUUGAGGGGAGGUGGGAAUGAGGGUCCCAGUUGUGCACCUGCUUGGAGGUCAAGGUGCAGAGGCCUCCCCGGCCCCUGCCGGCACCCCCUUCCCUCUGAAUUCACCUCAAAGCGCCCAUUCUCCACGGGCAGAGCCCCCUCCAGGUCCUCUCCCUGACCCCGGCCCCUCAGGCACCUGCACACCUGGCAGGUCUCUAUUCCUGGACUUGAGCCUGACACUUCAGGCAGUGCCGCCUCCCCACCUGCGCCCCUCCCUGCUCAGUGCAGGGUAGGGGGCUGAGGAUGGGGCGGCCCGGCCUUGGAGGCACUGACUCUACGUAUGUGCCCUGUUGGGUGGGUUUUCUCUGGGGCCCCAGAUGGGGUCUGGGAGAGCAAGUUUAGGCCUCCAGCCUUGGGUCCCAAUGAGGCCGGAAGAUGUCACCCAUCUGUCCGGGGGGGGGGUUGGCCUGCCUGGUCUUGCAGGUCAUCAGCUCCUUGGUGACAGCAGGAAACAGGCCUGCCUGUUGUCCCGUGCUUGCAGCUGGGGUGUCCUGAGACAGAGCCAGGAAGGCGCAAGCUGGCAGAGGGGCACCUGGGGGGUGCUGUCGGGCUCCUCAGAGCUGCUGACCCUCAGAGCUACACCGCAGCAGCCUGGCCCUCGCUGGGCAGGGACAGCUCCACUGGGGAGGAGGCCUCACAAAUGUGGGCAGCGUAGGGCCAGGGGCCUGGAGCCGGAGGCGGGGGUCCCCUGGAGAGGGGGUGGGGGAGGGGAAGGAGGCGCUCUCCCAGCUCUGGGUCUGGCUGCGCGGGGCCCCGCGGCCCAGCGCCUCCCGGAUUUGGAUCUGCUGGGCUCUGCUCCCCCGCCCCAUUCUUGCCUCUGGGCUGCUCCCCUGCGAUGUCGCCGGGCCGGAGUUGGGGCAGAGCCCUGCCUGCCCGCUCGAUUUCUGCUGCCCAGGCCUCCCGGGCCCCGGGCAAGUCCUGCUGUCCUCAGUCCGCCUGCAGCAAAUGGGGCCCCGCGUGUCCCCUUUGGCGUUAAGAGACCGAGGCCAGGCCUGCUGUCACUGGCCUCUGGGCAAGGUGCCCUGGGUGGCAAAGGGGCUCAGAAGAGCUGGAGGACCGCCUCCCCGAGUCCCCCUGCAGUUGGGGAAACUGAGGCAUGCCCAGGGCGCUGUGCCGGAGGUCAGGGGAUGGGGAGAGACCUCAGAACCCUGGUUCCUCUUGGCCCUGGCCUUUGUGCGGCCUGGCUGCGAUGGCCGGGGGAGGGCAGUGGGGGUCCUGCCACCUGGGGACCACAGGCAGGGUGGGCGGACGGGCAGCGGGUGUGGCUCCUGGGCUGUCCUGGCCCAGUCACGCCAGGACAUAUCACCAGACAGCUGUCCCGCACCAGCUUCUGUCCUUGUGGCCAGCGGCUGGCCGGCUGGACAGAUGGGGACUCUGGGGCAGUGGUACAGGGUCUCCUGCUUCUGGUCCCCACCCCCCGCCCCCUCUCUGCUGCUGUGGGGAAGGCGGACACACAGUCCCCUUCUCAGCAGUGCAGCUCUUAGCAGCGAGUCAGUUGGUGGCUUGUCCAAUGGGUUGGGGUGGCAGUGGUUGGUCAGGGGCUCUGCCUGCCCAGCUGUGGGCUCCAGCCAGCUCUGGUCCACCCAGUGACCCAGAUGGGCCGCAUGGAGCCUCCAAGAGAGCCCCCAGAGGCCUUCCUGCUGGGAGGAGGGCGUGGGCAGAAGCUUCUAGAUGUAAAGCAGAGGUGGAGUGGGCUGCAGGUCAGUCUGGGGCAGAGAGAGAUAGCCUGAGCUGCUGGGGGGGCAGGGGGCCGUGGAGAGGCCAGGAGGUUCCACACCCGAGGCCCUGCCCCCUGUGUGCCCUGAGGGUCAAGCCAGUGAGGUGCCAGGGCCUGGCCCGGCCACGGCCCUCCUCCUUGGACCCUGGCCUCGGGGAGUCCCUGGGCGGUGGGGCCACCUCCCUGAUGGGCCAGAGCCUGGUCCCCUCAUCUUCGAGCCUUGAGGGCACCAUGACGUAGAUUUAAGUGGAUGGCACAGAAAUUGUCCUCCAGGGAACAACAUCUGGCCAGAAUGGGGAGUGUCCCCUGGGCCCAGAAGGCCCGAGCGCCUCUGCCCAGUCCUCUCUGCCUUGGACAGCUGCAGCCCUGACUCCCGGCGCGCGGGACACGUCUGCCAUUCCUGAGCUUCACGUAGCCGGGCUCUCCCCCUCCCCCGUGGCUGGUCUUGGCUGGGAGGGGCGUGUCACCCACCAUGCCCACCCCCACCCCAGGGCUGUGGGCACCCAGCCCUCCAGUUCAGAGACUUGGCCAGCUGCCCGGCCAUCUGCCACGCUGAGCCAUGUGACUGGAGGGGCAGCACCUGCCCAGCCCCAGGCCAACCCGAGAAACAGAGACAGCAGGAAGUGGGGAGCAUGUGCCGGGUGCUGGGGCUGGGGACAGGUGGGGACAGUGGACAGGGCGAGUGCUCCAGGUGUGUGGGAGGGAGACAGAGGCAGUGGGUGGGCUUCCUGGGCUUCCCUCCCAGGCCUUCGCGGGGUUGGGUUGGGGUCUGCUCCCAGGCCCCACCUGGGCUUCUCUCUGGCCCCGGAAGGGCUGGGAGGUGCAGGGCGGCCCCCACUGCUGACGCCCGGGCCACCAGUCCUGGGAGAGACCUGGGACCGCUCGUCCUGCGUCUGUUGUUCUGAGUCUAACAGGGCCCAUUUUCUCCUGUCCUGGAGGCUGUAAUUUUCCUGCCAAAAUGUUUUAAAAGCUGCAUACGCAGAAACAUUUUCGAAAUUACAGGUAAUUUUGGCUGCCACGUGCAUUCGUCCUGCUAGCGCGUGCGUCUGGGAGCUCCCGCUGACUGGUCUGGGUGGAUGAGCUUCGGGGCAACGCGCCCGUGACGUGCACGUGCAGUCGGUGGCACUGUGCGGGGGUGAGGCGUCUGACGGCGUGGGAGUGUGUCCGUGUCACAGCCGGCGGGGGUCUCUUGCCUCCACCUCUCCGGGCCCAGGCGCCCGUGCUUCCUGGGGUCUUAAUUAAAGCAAUGCGUUUCCGCCAGGGCCCCCCCAACCUGGCUGGACCCGCACGGCUGCUCUGCCCGCAGCGUCCUCCCGGUGCCCUUCCAGGCGUCCCGCGGGCCGAGGGAGCUCAGAGGGGCUCGUUUUCCUGCUGACAGGAGCCUUCACUGGAGCUGGCGUCCUUGAAGACAGAGCCAGACGGGCGGGCUGCUGGGUUUUAAGUAACGAUUCUCCCCGUGGCGCCAGCACCUCCCUCUGCAGAGGCAGCCCCACCCGCCCCGCCGUGUCGCUGGCCUGGGGGCUCACUCCCAGAGUGGGUGCUAUGAGCUGGGUGGGGGGCCUGGCUGGCCGGGGCAGUCACUCUUUCCCUUCACCAGCUUCCUCCGUGGAGAGGCUUCCUCAGCCCCUGCCCAUCCCCCGGGCCGGUCCCUCUGCCCAGGGCCAGGCAGAGGCCAGGGGAGCCCUCUCUGCACGGACUCACUGGGUGCUCCCCAGCUCCAGUGUCCUUGGAGGUCCCUCGAGACCGGGGACGCCCCUCGCUCGGUCCCCAGUUCUUGCCUGCAGGUCAGGUGGGAGAUUGAAGGCGUAGGCACCUGCCCAGCCUCGCCCGUGCCCCGUGGUGGGCCCUGGGCCGGCGUGGGGUGCCCAGUUUUGCUCCCUGCCGGGCUUGCCUGCAGUCAGCACCGUGGACAGCUCUGCUCCUGGGGCUGCUGUGGGGGGCUCACCCCCCCCCACAGAUGCAGGUGCACUGUGCUCCGGCCCGUCCGGGGCUGUGCCAAGCCCGGCUCUGGCGAGGAUGACCCUCCGGGCCUCACCUGCUGUCAGUGCUGCUUUCUCAGCCCCGGCCACACGGCCCAGGCUGUGGGCCCCACCCUGCCUUAGGGCGGGAUGGACAGGCCAGGGCAGGAGGAGCCCUAUCAGGUGCCCAGGGCUGCCCCGUCCCCGCCCUGAGCCAGCAUCCGGAACACGUGUUGCUUCUAACUCUCAGACAGAAGCUCUUGGGUUCUGGGAAGGUGCAACGAGGGACAGAGAGGAGCCCUGCAUUUGCCCUAAGCUGACCAGACGCCCACCAGGGGGUGGGCAUGCCAGCCUGGGGGCUCUCCUGCCUCGCUCAGCCAGCCUUGGGCAAGGCCCAGCGGGACCUCAAGCACCAGCAGGAGCCCCUGGCCGUUCGGCCCUCAGGCUGGGGGCUGUGUGCCCCCGCGACUGCGGUCUCCUGCCAGCCUGGCUUAGGGCACGUGUGUGCUCGCCGGGGGCUUAGUGAGAGUGGAGCAGCGCCUGCCCCACCCCUGCAGCCAGGGCUGGGGGGCUGGUGGGGGCAGUGGGACGGCCUCCUUGGGUGGGGUCUCGGGGCCCAUCUGGCCUAAGUCGUGGGGUCCCUGCCGGGGUCGAGACCAGGCAUUGAGAAGGCUCCUGGGCCCAGGGGUGCAGGCCCCCAUGACCCGACCAGUCCUGGAGGGGGGCGGGGACCCCCGGGCUACCUGGCCUUCCCCAAGCACUCAGUUCAGGUGGCCUCCCCGUGCCCAGGCUGCCGGAGGCCCUAGGCUGGUCAGCAUUUGUGGCUCCACACAGGAGCCACAGUGCUCUCUGCCCACCUGGCCCUCCCCUGCGCCCCGCCGGGCGUCCCGUCAUCACGGAAGGCCCGGAGGCCUCCCUGGACGCGCCGCCGCCUGGCUCUCUCCCCGAUCGUCCUUGUGUGCUGACCGAUCUCUGUAGUAACGAGCCAUCGUGAGGUGCACUGAACCCUGCAGGGGUGGGGGAGGCACAGCCGGGGCGGGGGCUCUGGGGGCAGCUCUUCGUGGGGCGUGUGUGGGGCGCGGGACGGGGCUGGGAGGCCGGCGGGGCGGGCUUCUCACCGGCCCCUCUCUGCCUGUCCCGGGA